UUUUCCAAACUUGGGUUUAACUUGGGAAGUUCAAGCUCUAGUUUUGCGAAUGAUAGUCGUCUAGCUUAUUGGGGAAUAGGGAGGACCUAGCAGAUGGAGCACUACGCAAAAGUCAGCAGUCACUCCUCUGAAAGCAAGGAGGAGAAGGAAACAUGUGAUAUUCACGUCAAAAGUGGCAGCAAGAUAAGGAACAUCAUAUCGCAGGCCUUCAGACUACUGCAGAACAAGAAGGGGGAGAAAGUAGUAUUAAUUGGAUCAGGACCCACUGUGACCAAAACCAUUACAUGUGCUGAAAUUAUAAAAAGAAAGUCAAAGGGUUUACACCAGGUAAACAAGUUGUUCUAUUCCAGAAUUCAAGAUACAUGGGAGUCCAAGGAGGAUCAUCUUGAUAAACUGCAAGUGACAAGAAAGAUUCCAUCCAUCAGUAUUACUCUGUCCAAAAUUCCUUUAGAUGCAUCUCAGCCAGGUUACCAGGCUCCAGGUAAAUCCAAAAGCCCUGUCCAGUUUGGUGACAAAGACUGGGAACUGGCUUGGGAAGAAAAUCAAGAUGACUCAAGAACAUCAGUUCAGAAAACACACCCAGAGAAAGGUCCAAGAGAAAAAACAAAUAGAACUGCAAGUAAAAUUAAGACUGAAACCAAAGCUAGUCCUGCUGAGCCUUCAAAAAGGGUCAAAAGUUCAGAGAUGGCAACCAGCAAGAGACAAAGAAGAAAUAGAAGCAGAGAAAGCACAGAGGAAGAAUCAAAGGGUGGAGGAACAGAAAGUGAAAAGAUGGAGAAUACAAGUCUUGUUCGUGAUGCCAAUAAGAAUGAAUAGAGUAACAGCAAAUAUUUGGGCUGUGAUGUUGUAGAAUAUAGGAAGUCUUAGGAGGGACAUUGAGAUGGUGGUGCUUUGGAUGGUGAAGUGAAACUCAAAAAUGAUUAAUCUAACACCAAAGUGUUAGGAACAGCAGGACAGCAAGGAAGUACAAACAAUUCAGGAAGAGGAAAAGCAGAGCCAUUGGAGCCAUAGAAAGGGUGCGGCUCCAGAGGAAAAAAUUGGUGCAUUCAGCUCAAAGGAUUGAGAUACUUCAGACUAAGAAGAUUGUUAAGACUUGAAGAUACCCUAAAAAAAGACAUUGGGCUUCCAGUAUUAGUAAAACAGGCUGGUUGUGAUGAGGUACUUAAUUUUACUUCCAUCAUAGGAAAUUAUUUCUAACAUUCAGUUAGACAAAAUUUUCACAAUUGUAAAGUGAAGCAAAUGAGAAGCAUGAGGCACAGUUUAGGUUAGUUUAUUGAGAUUUUCCACUGAAAAGUACAAUUUACAAGUAAAUACAUGAACAGAGACACACAAUAAAUAAACAAAAAUAUAAUGGCAGGAGAAAAAUACAGGGCGAGCCUCAAUUGACAUUUGUCCCCUUACAAAAUACAAAGAAUAGAAAAAUAUAGGUUACAUAUGCACUUAUGUACUUUGUCUUUAGAAUAAAAUAAUUUGCCAACCGACUGUGACACUUAGUUAGGGCGGAGUAUAAAGUGUGAGCUUUUCUGUAUAAAACCACUUAACUAAGGCUUUAAAGUUAUGUCAAGCAGCUCUGACAAAUGGGUAACACUGAAACAUCUGCUUGAAAAACUCUUCAUAGUUGCCAAUUUACUUUAUCAACCGAGUUGAUAGAACUGUGUAAUAUCUUCCCCCCCCCCC